UUCAAACGACUCUUAACCUCUUCUUCUCUCCUCCACUCCCCCUUCCAAAAAUAUCUUCCAACACGAAACGGCAAUGUCCACUGUUCCCAUUGAGCCUCUUCUCCACCUUUCUCCUCUUCGCCGCAGCUCUACCAUCCAUCGCGGACCUACUACAUCCUCGCUGAAUCUCCGUUGCCAUUUCACUUCCAAGAAGCUACACUCGAUCGGAAGAAGCAUCGCCUCCGGAAACAGCUUAGGUUUCCGAAGAAGGUCCGUCGCGAUUCGAGCCAGCUCCUCCGAUACUGCUGUCGUCGAAACAACCUCUCAAUCGGAUGAUGUCAUCUUCAAGGGGAUUUUCCCCGUUCAGCGAAUCGAUAAGGCGGAAGGAAAGAUUUAUGUGCGAUUAAAGAAAGUGAAGGAGAAUGAUUGGGAGCUGAGUGUUGGAUGUAGUCUUCCUGGGAAAUGGAUCCUUCAUUGGGGUGUUUCUUAUGUUGGUGACACUGGCAGUGAAUGGGAUCAACCUCCGGAAGAUAUGAGACCACCUGGCUCACUUGCCAUCAAAGACUAUGCUAUCGAGACACCUUUGGAGAAGUUAUCCGAAGGAGAUUCAUUUCAUCAAGUCACUAUUAAUCUAAAUCUGGAAAGCUCUGUAGCAGCUCUCAACUUUGUUUUGAAGGAUGAGGAAACUGGGGCAUGGUAUCAGCAUAAAGGGAGAGAUUUUAAGGUUCCUCUUCUGGACGAUGUUCCUGAUGAUGGGAACUUGAUCGGAGCAAAGAAAGGCUUCGGUGCUCUUGGGAAGCUCUCAAACAUUAUUGUCAAACAAGGGAAGAGCUCGUCUGGUUCUACAAAAGAAAGAAAAGGUCUUGAAGAGUUUUAUGAGGAGAUGCCAAUUAGUAAACAUGUUUCCGGUGAUAACUCAGUCAGUGUCACUGCAAGGAAAUGCCCUGAAACAUCGAAGAACAUUGUAUCGAUUGAAACAGAUUUACCGGGUGAUGUUACUGUACACUGGGGAGUUUGCAAAAAUGGCAGUAAAAAAUGGGAAAUUCCAGCUGAACCUUACCCAGAAGAAACAUUUUUGUUCAAGAACAAGGCAUUACGCACUCGUUUACAGCGAAAAGACAGUGGGGAUGGAUCGUUUGGAUUAUUCUCUCUGGAUGAAAAGCUCGAAGGAUUAUGUUUUGUGCUCAAGUUAAAUGAAAAUACUUGGCUAAAUAAUAGGGGCGAAGACUUCUACGUUCCUUUCCUUACUUCAACUAGCUUGCCCGUUGAAACUGAAGCUGCUCAAGUGAGUGGAAAGACACCAAAAACAAAUCAAGAAGUGUCCGAAAGUGGAUUCACUGAUGAAAUCAUCACUGAGAUAAGGAACUUGGCAAUUGACAUUUCCUCUCACAAGAAUCAGAAGACGAACGUAAAAGAAGUGCAUAUAAACAUUCUACAAGAAAUCGAGAAACUUGCUGCGGAGGCAUAUAGCAUAUUCAGAAGCACAACUCCAACUUUUACCCCGGAAAGUGUUUUAGAAGCAGAAGCUGACGAGCCCAAAAUUAAAAUCUCCUCUGGAACUGGCUCAGGUUUUGAGAUAUUGUGCCAGGGAUUCAACUGGGAAUCCCAUAAAUCAGGGAGGUGGUACAAGGAACUUCAAGAAAAAGCUGAUGAGCUAGCUUCACUUGGAUUCACCGUUCUGUGGUUACCUCCACCGACAGAAUCUGUGUCACCUGAAGGGUACAUGCCUAAAGAUCUGUACAACUUGAAUUCCAGAUAUGGAACUAUUGAUGAGCUAAAAGAAACGGUGAAGAGAUUUCACAAGGUUGGGAUCAAAGUUUUGGGAGAUGCUGUUUUGAAUCAUCGCUGUGCACACUUCAAGAAUUCAAAUGGUGUAUGGAAUCUAUUUGGAGGGCGUCUGAACUGGGAUGAUAGGGCAGUAGUUGCAGACGACCCUCAUUUUCAGGGUAGAGGAAACAAGAGCAGUGGAGAUAAUUUCCAUGCUGCUCCAAACAUAGAUCAUUCACAGGACUUUGUUAGGAAGGAUAUCAAGGAAUGGCUAUGCUGGAUGAGAGAAGAAGUUGGGUAUGAUGGAUGGAGGCUUGAUUUCGUUAGAGGCUUCUGGGGAGGUUAUGUCAAAGACUACAUGGAUGCUAGCAAACCCUACUUUGCGGUUGGUGAAUACUGGGAUUCCCUAAGCUACACGUAUGGAGAAAUGGACUACAAUCAAGACGCACAUCGUCAAAGGAUUGUUGACUGGAUCAAUGCAACCAGUGGAGCUGCUGGUGCCUUUGAUGUCACAACCAAAGGAAUACUUCAUGCGGCUCUUCAAAAAUGUGAAUAUUGGAGACUCUCAGACCCAAAAGGGAAGCCUCCUGGUGUAGUUGGAUGGUGGCCAUCUCGUGCGGUGACAUUCAUAGAGAAUCAUGAUACUGGCUCUACUCAGGGUCACUGGAGAUUCCCAGGAGGGAAGGAGAUGCAAGGAUAUGCUUACAUCUUGACUCAUCCAGGAACCCCAGCGGUUUUCUUCGACCACAUCUACUCAGACUACCGUUCCGAGAUCGCUUCUCUUCUGUCUCUCAGGAACAGACAGAAACUCCACUGUCGGAGUGAGGUGAACAUAGUAAAGAGUGAGAGAGAUGUCUAUGCGGCUAUAAUAGAUGAGAAAGUUGCAAUGAAGAUCGGACCAGGGCAUUACGAACCACCAAGCGGAUCUCAAAACUGGUCUGUAGCCGUCGAAGGCAGAGACUAUAAGGUGUGGGAAACCUCUUAAGGAGGUAUGGUAUUAUUCUAGUACGUAUGUAGUAAAUAAAAAUGCUCCCUGGAGAAAAUGUGUUAUAUAUGUAUCUGUUUGAGGAAAGAACCAGAAAUAAGAUCUGUCCCAAUUUUUACAAUACUGAGAACAUAUUCAUAUUGUUGUAUCAACAUUGUGGCUGUUUGUAAAGUGUACCUGUUAAGGUGGUUAGGUGAAUAUUGGUUUAUA